AUGUCAGAAGAAAGUAAACUUCCAGAUUUAACUGGAACAAAAUUUCGUAAAGUAUAUUAUGUAUUGAAAGCUUUGGAUAAAGGUGGUUUUGGUGCUGUUUAUAUUGUAUGGCAAAAACCAGCAAAUGAAAAAGAUCCCUCAAAAUUAAUAAAUUGUCCCAAUUUUAAAAUGUCGGAUAUAACAGAAGCCAACAUUAACCAAUUUAAAGCAUUAAAAGCUGAACUUAAUGAUGUUGAUGGUGCAACUGGAUUAAAAAUGGAAGUAAAAAUUUUAAAAACAAUGGUAAAGACAUACUCAGAUAUGACACAUUAUACAAAUCUUGGAGUAGCAUUGAAGAAAAAAAAAUAUUGUUAUGCAAUAAUGACAUUGUUAGGAAAAAAUUUGAAAACACUUGCUCAAUUACAACCUUCUAAACGAUUCAGUAAAAAGACAUGGUUACGUGUUUCUAUUCAAACAUUGUAUGGAAUUAAAAAACUUCAUGAAAUUGGAUAUAUACAUAGAGAUAUAAAACCUCCAAAUUUUGUUAUUGGACAUUCAGAAGAUAUUACUCGGUCACGAAUAAUACAUGUAUUAGAUUUUGGACUUUCUCGUCAAUAUGCUGUAUUAAAUAGACAUAAUAAAUUUGUAUUUAAAGCUCCAAGAAAAGUAGUUGACUUUAGAGGAACAGCAAGAUACUGUUCCAUUAAUAUGCAUUUUGAUAAAGAAGUUGGAAGAAAAGAUGAUAUAUGGAGUUGGUUAUUUAGUAUGAUGGAUUUGUAUUGUGGUACACCAUGGGAACAUUUACGUGGACAGGAAAUGGAAGAUUUUAAAAUGAAAACAACUAAUGAAAGUAUUAUUGCUCUACUACCAGAACCAUUACACAAUCCAACAGAACAACUAUCAAAAGUUGAAAUAUUAAAACGUCCAAGUUAUGAAAGUUUUUAUAAAGCAUUAAAAGAAAUGAUGAUACAGGAAAAGGCAACUUUCUUAGAUCCAUAUGAUUGGGAGACAACUGUUAACAAACGGGCAAAACAUCUAGAAAAUUAUUUAUCACUAGAUGAUGAAAUGGCAGCAGAUUAUAUAUCUAAUCCAAUAAGAAAAAUUAAAAAUGACAGUGAUUCCGAGGAAGGAUUAAACAAAGAUAGUUGUACAAAAGAAUCAUAG